AUGGGCUUUCCGCAUUUUCCAGUCUUUCCUUUCCUUAUCCGGAAAGGUCGAAUACGCCUCUGGGUUUGCUAGAACCGGACAUCCUAACAAUCAUUGAGGACUUUCUUCUAUGAUUUUGCUCCGAUGGGCAUUUUCUCGAGGUGUCAAAUUGCUCUUGAACUGACUACGUCACUAUCGUGGAAACGCAAGCAAGAAAUCAAGAAAUCUGUUACUGCAAAUGAUGGCAUCGUCUCUUACAUUAUUACGAAACAGACCAGAUUCGUAGUUGUGAGUGACGUCGAGAAGACCAAGAGCUUUCCUUCAUACAAAUGUCGAACUGCAGCGAAAUAUGGCGUGCCGGUCGUCUCUCUGGCAUUUUUAGAAGAAUGCUGCAAGGCCGAGAAACUGCUAGACUCCGAUCCGUUUGUAGUGUUUGGAAAGACGGCGUCACAAGAAUUCAGUUCGGGAAAAAUUAUUGUGCCUAGACAAGGAGCAAAGAAGGAGAGACGGAUGCGACCUGCUAUCAUGAUCAAUAUGAAUAAAGUCGAAGUGUGGAAGUUUGGUGACUCUUCUUGUCCUGUGUUUGAUGAGGAUGCUUACGAAGUUGCAAAGAGUUCAACUUUGAAAUCUGUAAACUCCAAGACUGGUCAGACUCGAUUCUACGUUAUUGAGCUUCAUGUGUCACCUUCUGCAUGUCAGACACAGAUAUCAGCAGACAGUCCAUAUAGAGUGUUUACCCAUUCUGGGACAUUAGGCGCCAGCAGUGAUACGGAUGAAAAUGGACAGAUGGAAUGUCGAUUCUUUACUAAAGUAGCAGAAGCAGAAUAUGUGUACGGUCAUUUGUAUCAGCAGCACACAAAAUCACCUCACAACAUGAGCAAAGUUCAAUUUUUAUCACCUCGAAUUGGAUCAGUCAAGCUAAGAAAGAUUUUUGCUGAGCUGAGAUUAUCAACUGGUGUGCAGUCUAUACAGCCUCGAGUAGCGAGAUUAGUCAACUGCAUAUGGUCUGAGGCAAGCGGUGAACUAUCAUCAAUAUUGAGUGUUCCAGUUGAGUCCAUUAAAUGUGAUGAUGCUCGAAAAGCGGAAGGCUUUCUUUUGUCAAUCCGGAAAGUUCUAAGUGAUGGAACAAUGAGCAGUGGAGAGAGAAGCAAAGAACUGCAGAGGCUAACCAGAGAAUUCUAUUCUCUUGUUCCUCACUCUGACCAAUCAGAUAUAAUUGAUACAAAGUUAAAGUUGGCUAGAAAACAAGAUCUGUGCCAGUUGAUAAAGGAUGUCGUCUCUGUAAGUGAAGCAACUGAUUGGUCAACAAGAAGCAGCAUUCAAGCCAAACUGCGAGCUUUACGGUGUGAAAUUCAAAAUGUAGAGCCAGACAGUCAGGAAUACUGCCAGAUACAGAAUCAUGUCCUGAGCCAUGAGAAAUCAUGUUGUGGAUUGAAGGUAUCCUCGAUAUAUGCUAUUCAUCGGGCAUCAGAAGAUUCUAAUUUUGCUAGCCAUUUGGACAAUCGACAGCUCUUGUUUCACGCUUCACAGGUUGCCAACUUUGUGGGGAUUCUGUCGAGAGGACUGUUGCUGCCUAAGAUAGUGGUGGAUGAUUAUGGUGGUAAGAGAAGUGACCCAGGAAUGUUGGGCAGUGGAAUCUACUUUGCGAGUGCAUCCAGUACUAGUGCUAAGUAUUCAUUUCCUGGUAAGUCUUGUGGCACUCGAUUCAUGCUCAUUGCAGAAGUAGCACUAGGACGUGUCAGCUCAACAUAUCAUAAGAAUACAGAGUUGGUUGCACCACCUGAUGGGUUUGACAGUGUUUAUGGCAUGGCCAUUUCAGAGUCCAGUUCCGAUUUAGAGUUUUCAGACUUUAAGGAUGACGAAUUUGUUGUUUAUGAUGUCAGGCAACAGAGACUUAGGUACUUGGUUGAAUUCAACUUAUCUAGUGAUGAUAUCAAAACAGAUUCAAGUGAGGAUGCUGGUGAUUGUUCGUCUGAGACUGAGGACAUAGAGAUGCUGGAUGUCCAUCACGAAGCGAAUGAAAGUAGCAUUGCUGAGAUUGACUUGCAUGAUGUUCAGAACGUUACUGACCCACUCAGUAAAGUCAAAGCCGGUCUGCUUGGCAGUGGAGAUGCUGCCGUGCCGCUUCAGUCUGUUCACGUUCGAGCCAAACUUCUCGACUUAGCCACCCAAGUGGUUGUUCUGCAAGCAUAUCAUAAUGAGAGCACGGUUCCUAUCGAAGCCAAGUAUGUAUUUCCACUGGACGACAUGGCUGCUGUUUGUGGCUUUGAGGCAUUCAUCAACGGGAAACACAUAAUCGGAGAAGUGAAAGAGAAGGAACAGGCACACAAAGAAUACAAGGAGGCAAUCAGUCAAGGACACGGUGCUUACCUAAUGGACGAGGAAACACCCGAUGUGUUCACUGUGAGUGUUGGAAAUUUGCCACCAGAUGCGAACGUUCUAAUUAAGAUUACUUAUGUGGCCGAGUUGGCUGUGGAAGGAGAGCACAUUGUGUUUCGACUACCCGGUAGUGUUGCACCGUGGAAGAAAACUGCAGCUCUCGGUGAAGUGACACAGACUGAUGUGGACACAGUCAAAGUUGAGCAAGAUACGUCAAGGUUUUCAGUGCAGAUUUCAAUAGAGAUGCCAUUUGAGAUCAAAUCAAUUCAGUCUCCUAGUCACAAACUAAAGACAAAGAGGACGGCAACGAUGGCAAUGGUGGAACUGGAAGAUGGUCAGCAGUUGAACGAUGGUUUACAGUUGCUUGUCGGUCUUGCUGAAAUUCACGUUCCACGCAUGUGGGUUGAAAAGUAUCCCAGUUCUGAGCACAGAGCUUGCAUGCUGACGUUCUAUCCCGAGUUUGAGGCUGACUUUGACAGUGAUUAUGAAGUGAUUUUUGUUUUGGAUCAGUCCAAUUCAAUGAAGGGGUCGGCUAUUGAGGAUGCUCGAAAGCUGGUGAUGCUUGCAUUGCAUCACCUUCCAAAUCACUGUCGAUUCAAUAUCGUUGGAUUUGGAUCCGCUCACGAGGAGCUCUUUCCUGUGAGUCAACACAAGAACAAAGAAACAACGACUGCAGCACAUCAAUACAUCAGGUCAUCUAAAGCUACACUUGGCAGUACCGACGUUUGGAGACCUCUGAGGUCAUUCAUGUUGACAGCACCUUCAGACAGCAAUGACGCAGCUACUUUGCCUCGAAAUGUUUUUGUCUUUUCGGAUGGUCAUAUUAGUGAAGAAGAGGCGACGCUGGAAUGUAUCAGAAAGAGCUGUCAUCUUACAAGAGUCUUUACUUUUGGAGUUGGGUCAACGGCUAAUCGUCACUUUUUACGCUCAAUGGCGCAUGUGGGAGGCGGUUGUUCAGUUUUCUUUGACUCGAAGGCAAAGAGCAAAUGGGAAAGAAAGGUAAAGUCACAGCUGGAAAAAGCAGGACAGCCGGUCUUGACUUCUGUUGAAGUUGACUGGCAACAGUUUGAUGACAACAAGACAUCGAAACCUGUUCAGGCGCCUGCAGAGAUUAUUUCGCUGUUCAGUGGAUCGAGACAAGUGGUAUACGGAUUUGUUGACAACUGCACGAUGGCUACGUUGACGGCUCAUAUCGGUGGGAAGGAAGUAUCUACAGUGGUAUCCACUUCUGACUUGAGUGUGACAACUGGGAAAAUUUUGCAUCAGUUGACUGCAAGAGCGAUAAUCAGGGACUGGGAUGAAGGCACUCUGGCUGCCGACAGGCUUGAACAUGAAAUUGUGAAACAUGACCGGAAGGCGUACAUUAUCAACUUGAGUAAAGAAUAUUCCAUUGUCACACAAUUUACCAGCUUCGUUGCUGUUGAACACCGAGACGAGUCUGAACAACUUUACAGGUCGAGUGGUCCAUCUAUCGAAGAGCUUGUUGCUAAAGAAGAUAUCGAUAUUUUGCCGUAUAUCGGGUGGGCUGAUUAUGAAAAAGAGAAAGGAAAAGAACAUGCAUUAGAACUGAGUGCCAAAGAAACGAUUGCGCUUGCUCUAGAACAAGGGACAUCUAGUCAAGACUUCUCUGUCUUGCAGGCAGAACGUGCAUUUCGAGAUGCACAUGAAGUUGCUCAGAAACACUUGGUACCCAACCAUCCUUUGCGUUUGAAGGCAUCUCUUGCUUUUGCAUCCUUUUUGCAGGAUGUGAAGAUGGAAACAGAAGAAGCCUGUCGGUUGGCACAGGAAGCAUUUGAUGAUGCUAUCUGUGAGUUGGACACGUUGAGUGAGGAAAGCUACAAAGAUAGCACACUCGUCAUGCAAGAGCUGCGAGACAAGCUGUUUGCAUGGAAAGGAGAUAAGGAGGUUGAUGAAAUCAAACAGACGAUGUAUGAUCAUAUGUGUAUUCUUGAAGAAGCACUCGAAGGCGUGUCUGUCGAGCUUGACGCUAUGCUUGAAGACGAGCUUUAUACACCACCACUGGAUAAAGGUGAGAUAUUUAGUUCGGCUUAUGCUAUGGCUUUUGAAUCUUGUCAACUAUCUGCACCAUCUGUACCACUGCCACCACCACCACCUCCACCUUCUGCAGUUGAGUCAACGUAUGACACAUUUUAUUCUUUUGAUGAUAAAUGGUCAGAACCUGUAGUCAUUGACACAGGAAUGGACACUGUGAAGGCUGGUGUGGCUGGAGACGACGCACCAGGUGCAGUCUUUCCUGCUUUAGUUGGGAGACCCAGACAUCAGGGUGUGAUGGUGGGAAUGGGCCAGAAGGACAGUUAUGUUGGCGACGAGGCGGUCUCUAAACGAGGGAUACUGACAAUGCGUAGCCCUUUUGAUCUGCGUCCCAAACAAGAACUGAAAGCAAAAGUUGUUCGCGACUCUUCUGCAGCAGCUCCUUCGAAAAAAGCCCUCAAAAAGGACUUGUCGUUGACCAGAGUUGCAGAAAGGGUUGCAAGUAGUGAUUCAAUGUUUACACCAGGGCCAGACAGUCUUAAAUUGCAUGCCAUUACGGAUGAAGACAAGUUCCCACUACCUGUAGCCUGUAGUAUGAAAGCCCGUGGACCAGUGCUAUGGACUAAAAGGCAAAACUCUCAACCAUCCCUACCACCAUCACCACUACCACCAUCACCACCAUCAGGAGGCGCACCACCACCACCAGGAGGCUCACCACCACUACCAUUAGGAGGUGCAGCACCACCACCACUACCACAAUUUCGAAAUUCACGUCAAGAGAGAGUACCACUUUUUGCAUCGUUAAGUGAAGCACCGAUUGCAGCACUACCAGUACAAGCACAACCACCAAUAUUAAUGCGAUGUGCUGCAAAAAUACGAGUAGGGCCAGUACCACCACGACGAGCACAACGACCACCACCAGCAGCAGCAGCACAACGACCACCACCAGAAGCACCAGUACCACCACCACCGGCACCACAACCACCAGCAGUAGCACCAGUACCAGCAGCAGCAGCACCACCACCACUAGCUAUACAAAAACCAAGAUUAAGAUCACGAUGUUUAGUAUCGUCAGAUGUAUCACGUUCGGUGCCAGCUCAAUCUCAAUUUCAUUCAAUAUCAUUUAGUUUAAAUCUAGCACAAAGUGACUUACCAUCACAAGGUGAGUCUGUACAAGAGCAGACAAUACGACAAACUUCCAGAGCACACACUGGUUUAGCAUCAUCAUUUGAAAACACUGAUGUUGCCCAGUCGAGAAUGAAACGAUUGCCAAGCAGGAAAGUACGAUCAUCGUUCGAUCGUUUGGAUUUUGAGCGUGAGCCGCGGUAUAGGGACUGUAUGAUGACCGGCAGCAGUCCCAUGGUAGUGGCCAAAGAGAAGGCGAUUGGUGGAUUUCUAUCCAUGCCACUGGCGGGAAGAAGAGCAAGAAUGUUCUACGGUCCACCGGCGGAAGGAAGAGGAAGAAAGAUCAACAGUCUGGCAUCUGAGGCUGAUAUGGCCCCGAUGCGCGGUACCGACGUAUGUAAGGGCAGCGACGACGACGACGAUAGCUGGAGUGAAAGUCUUGAUAAAUCAGAAAAAAGUCUAGACGGCAUACCUCACUCGGACCAACAAAGUACAGACAGUCGACGUCCAAUUGCUCGUGGAAACCCGGAUGACAUACCGAAAUUCUUCAGUGUUCAAAAGCCGGAGGGGUAUUGGGAAUUUACUGAGUAUCUCGGCACUCUGUUGAGCUUAGAUCUGAACAAUUUGCGUGAGAAGAUUGAGUCGGCUGGUCUGAAGUCUCUAGGAUCUACCAUCUACAGCAAAGCGAUGCACCUCUUUGCAACCGCCCUGGUUAUCGUCUAUCUACGCCACCACUUCCCUCGCCAGUUCCCAUUGCUGCCGGGACUGCUCAAGGGUUGUGGAGAUAUCGACGUCAGGUGGCGACAGAAUAUGACAAACGCACUGCGUUGGUUUCAGGAAACCGAGAAAACCAUCCCGUCACUCUGUACUCGUUUGGAAAUCGCAAAGUCGUACGAGAAUUUCGCAGAGAUGGCAUUGGGAAUUCGAGAGAAAGUGCAGCAGUGUUUUUCUUGACGAUAUAACUAGACAAUGGUUUGCUGGAAUUAUGCACUAUGCUUGCUUUUUUCGUUUCUAUAGUCGGUGUUUGUACACGUCUAGAUCUCUACACUGCGCAGUUUUCGAUAUCAAUUUAUACACUAAUAUAAUACAUCGUCUUGUU